GCUCGGUUGGCGGAGGGUGCCCGCCCGGCGCUGCGCACCAAUCUGCCGCCCGUGGGCCGCCAUGGAGCAGCGCCCGGGCGCCCGGAGAAGUCGCUGGCGCCUGGCCUGGCUCGCCGCUCUGCUGCUCCGGCUGCUCCUCAGUUCCGCCCCGGCGCAGGGGGCUGGGAAGGCCUUUGGGGACCCGGAGCAGGUGCGCAUGACCUCCGAAGGCUCCGACUGCCGCUGCAAAUGCAUCUUGAGGCCGCUCAGCAAGGCCGCCUGCCUCCGCCUCCGUGAGGGGACCAGGCGGGCGGAGGACUUCUACACUGUGGAGACGGUCAGCUCGGGGGCCGACUGCCGCUGCUCCUGCGCUGCCCCGCCGGCCUCGCUCAACCCGUGUGUGGACGAGUGGAAGACGGAGACGCUGAAGCAGCAGGCGCCCGAGCUGCACAAGCUGCAGUCCGUGAUUGACCUGCUCGAGGGGGCCCUUUACAGCGUGGACCUGAUGAAAGUCCACUCCUACAUCAACAAGGUGGUGGCACAGAUGGACUCGCUGGAAGAGACAGUCAAAACCAACCUCAGCCGGGACGGCAAUGUGGUGAAGCAGAGCGUCCUGCGCCUGAGCGACCAGAUGAAACGCUACGAGAACUAUUCGGACAUCAUGGUCGGCAUCAAGAAAGAGCUCUCCAACCUGGAGCAUCAGCUGCUGCAGAAGGACGCUGCUGCAGCCAGUCCGGCAGACAAGGUCCAGGAUACUGCUAGAGUGGGUGACAAGGAGAGCAUUCAGAAGUAUCCCAGCCCUCAGAAGAGCCUGGGGGACAAAGUUGCCCCAAGCAUUUCCAAGGAGAAAUCGCUCAAGCCCGAAAAGCUUAGGAAGGAGAUUGGCAAGGGGCGGAUGGGCCUGGCACAGGCCACUUCCAAGCCCCGUUCCUCCGGGCAGCAAACUGUAAUCCGGGGCCUUGUGUACUACAAAGCAGGACACCGAGCGGAAGCAGAGGGGAUGCUGAGCAGCCACGAAAACCCUGCAAAGGGAGCUGGGUUUGUGCAGCCCAAACUGGAGACCCACAUAGACCAGGAGACCCUGCCAAGGGCAGGAGAAAUGCCUUCCGUGGCACCCUAUGCCAACACCACCACCUCCUUGCUCCCCACCACCAGCACCACACUUCAAAGUCUGCCUGGCACUACUCUCCUGCCCAGGAGACACCACAUCACCGAGGUCACUGCCCCUGCCAGCCGUGUGCGCGAGGCCGAGUGCGAAGGCACGCUGAAGGCAGUGGACCCCCCGGAGGAGCAGCACAGCUACGGCCGGAACGAGGGGGCGUGGAUGAAGGACCCGGCGGCCACGGACGGCCGCAUCUACGUCGCCAACUAUUAUUACGGGAACAGCCUGGUGGAGUUCCGCAGCUUGGAGAACUUCAGGCAAGGGCGCUGGAGCAACUUGUACAAACUUCCCUACAACUGGAUCGGGACCGGGCACGUGGUUUUCCAGGGUGCCUUUUAUUACAACCGGGCCUUCACCAGGAAUAUCAUCAAAUACGACCUGCGCCAGCGCUUCGUGGCCACGUGGUCCUCACUGGACGACGUGGUCUACGAGGACACGACGCCAUGGAAGUGGCGGGGCCACUCCGACGUUGACUUUGCCGUGGACGAGAGUGGCCUGUGGGUGAUCUACCCGGCUAUCGACGACAGCUACGCCCAGCAGGAGACCAUCGUGGUGAGCAAGCUGGAUCCAGCCGAUCUGUCCACGCAGAAGGAGACCACCUGGAGGACCAACCUGAGGCGCAAUUCAUACGGGAACUGCUUCAUUAUCUGUGGCAUCCUGUAUGCUGUGGAUGAGUGCAACGCCAAAGAAGGGCAGGUGGCGUACGCCUAUGACACCCACACAGCCACCGAAGCCAGCCCUAAGCUGGUCUUCCUCAACAAAUUUGCCUUCACGACCCAGAUCGACUAUAGCCCCAAGGAGAAAACCCUUUACGGCUGGGACAACGGUCACCAGGUCACCUACAAACUGCAUUUCGUGGCCUGAGGAUCAGGACCCCUGAAAGCCAGGGGCGGGCCCCGGAGGGCUGUCUCCGUGGCUCCAGGAGGGCCCCGGCCCCGGGAGGGACCCAAAUUCAGCGCAUUCAAUGGAACGGAUCGAUUGAAGUGCCAACGUCUUGCGGAUGGGCGAGCUCUUGCUUAGUGAAACAGCUUCCCUUGGGGGAACUUGGGGGUACCCAACGCCACAGGUCUGCAGGAUUUGGGGGAGACGGGCAAUCAGAAAGCUGUCCAUUGCAAGCUUCCUUGUUAGGCUUCUUGCAUAUAGAACGUCCUGUUCAAAUAUGCGUUUUCUGCAUUUUCUGCAGCCUAAGAAACAGCAGUGUUUAUACAUUGCAUUAGUCUCCCGGACUUUUAACUGCUGUUUGCUGAACACGCCCCAACGGGGAGGCUCAGGCGCUGAGCUAAGCUAGCAUACAGUUUAUUUCCUUUUGGCUUACUGCGUUGUAUGGAGCCGGAGAAUAUCCACGUUAUUUGCAAAUGCAUAAAGUGUCCGUGAGGAGGGGAUGAUGGAAAGAGUGGCCAGUAUUAAACAGGAGUGAUCUGA